AAGAAUUUUAUAAAUAUUUUGACGAGUCCUAGAUCAUUACGUUAUUCAAACAGAGCAAAACCAAAAAAAAAGAAAAAAAACAUCAAAGAAAUGCUUUCCCACACAAAAAUCAUACUCCUCGUUUUAUAUUCUUUCUUCAUAUUCACCUUCUCGUCUUCUUCCUCCCCGGAGCCAAGAACUGCCGUGUCAGGUCUCUUCUGCGGCGUACGCAACAGCUCCUCCACUGAUCCAAACUACAUCCCAACUUUCGUCGAUGAUAUGCAAUCACUCUCCUCAAAACUAACUACACGCCAUUUCGCAACUCAGUCCACAAACUCCCUGUCGUCUGACUCUGAAACCCAAACGACGUCGGUUUUCGCACUGGUCCAGUGCCACAACGAUCUCUCAAUCUCGGAUUGCCAGCUCUGCUACGCGAUUGCACGCACGCGCAUCCCUCGCUGUCUCCCUUCCUCCUCCGCGCGGAUCUUCCUCGACGGCUGUUUCCUCCGCUACGACACUUACGAGUUUUACGACGAGUCGAUCUCCGCCGCCUCGGACAGAUAUUCAUGCAGCAACGACACCGUUUUGGAUCCCCAGUUUGGAAUCCGCGUUUCCGAAAUGGCGGUGAGAGCCGCUGUUAGACACGGGGGUUUUGGAGUCGCCGGUGAGAGUGGGGUACACGCGCUUGCUCAGUGCUGGGAGAGCGUGGGGAAAGAAGGUUGUAGGGAUUGUUUGGAGAAAGCUAUUGGACAAGUAAAACGGUGCGUUUCGAGGAGAGAAGGGAGAGCUAUGAAUAGUGGGUGUUAUCUUAGAUACUCUGAUCAUAAAUUCUAUAAUGGUCAUGGACAUAGUGUACUUCAUGAGCUUUAUAACAAAGGAGUCGUCGUGGCUAUUGUCUUGACCAUGUCAGCACUCGUUAUGCUUAUUCUACUGGCAACGUAUGUCAUUAUUGUCAAAGUAUCGAAGACGAAACAAGAACAAAGAAAUCUUGGGUUGGUUUCAAGAAGAUUCAAGAACUCGAAGACUAAGUUCAAGUACGAGACUUUAGAGAAGGCAACUGAUUACUUCAGCACCAAGAAAACACUAGGGGAAGGAGGAAACGGCACCGUAUUCUUAGGAAUCCUCCCAAAUGGCAAGAGCGUGGCAGUGAAGAGACUAGUGUUUAACACAAGAGAAUGGGUAGAAGAAUUCUUCAACGAAGUGAAUCUGAUAAGUGGAAUCCAACAUAAGAACCUCGUCAAGCUUCUUGGUUGUAGCAUUGAAGGACCCGAGAGUCUCUUGGUCUACGAGUACGUCCCUAACAAAAGCCUCGACAACUUUCUCUUUGAUGAGAGUAAAAGCAAGAGUUUAAAGUGGAACCAGAGGCUAAACAUAAUCCUUGGAACAGCGGAAGGAUUGGCUUACCUACACGGCUCCCCGGUUAGGAUUAUUCACCGUGACAUUAAAACAAGCAAUGUUCUUCUAGACGACCAACUCAAUCCCAAAGUGGCUGAUUUUGGUUUGGCUCGAUGUCUCGGUACGGAUAAAACUCAUCUUAGCACCGGCAUCGCAGGAACCCUAGGUUACAUGGCUCCAGAGUAUGUUGUUAGAGGACAAUUAACGGAGAAAGCUGAUGUUUAUAGCUACGGAGUUCUCGUUCUCGAGAUCGCUUGUGGAACAAGAAACAAUGUUUUCGUGCCAGGAGCUGGUCAUCUCUUACAGAGAGUCUGGAACCUCUACAGACUGAACAGAUUGGUAGAAGCCCUAGACCCAUGUCUGAACGACGAGAAGUUGCUUCAAGUACAAGGCAGCCAAGCUGAAGUUUGUAAAGUUCUUUGUGUGGGAUUGUUAUGCGCACAAGCUUCUCCAUCGCUGAGACCAUCGAUGGAAGAAGUCAUCCGUAUGUUAACGGAGAGAGAUUAUCCGAUUCCAUCUCCAACCAAUCCUCCUUUCUUAAGAAUUAGCUCUUUGGCUACAGAGUGCAGUAGUACUGCAUCUUGCAGCUCCAAUAGUACUACAAUGGUCAAAACCGAUCUAGCUUCGUAUACCUCUUCAGAAUCUUUUGGAACUCGUGGGAGCUAAGGACUUGUUUCGUAGAAGUUUCACCCCGUUUUCUUGAGGUCCGAGGUCUAUGAAAAUUUCAUGCAGAACUAAUGAUGCAUAUGAGUGCAUUACAUUUAGCUUUUUGGGGCUUAUUAUAACAAGUGCAUACCGUUUUUUGGGGCUUAUAACAAGUGUAAUACGUUACUUUUGUUUAAGUCGGCCUUGUAACCGUUUUCAAAAUUCACGUUUAAUGAGUUGAUAUUAAUAUAUUUAGAUUU